UGGGAAUUUGCCCCGCAGGCGCUAGACUGCUGUCAGCUGUAUAUUAGAGCGCAUCACCUCACAGUCUUCGUCCCACAAGCUAUCAUAGUCCACUUAGUCGUCGUGGUUUAGCUCGAUCUCCUCCUUCGCUACCCCGAUCUUGGAAAUUGUGCCACUUUAGGCCAUUUCGGCUUGCAACUCUCAGUCAUGGCGCUACCUCUCCGCCACCUGCAUGCAACGAUGCUCGGAAGCCGCAUCAGCUCGACCAUGCCGCUGCUCGCUGAACGAAGCCUUGCAAACCUCUCACCACCUGCUGCUGCCAUGCCGAUCACCCGCUGUCAAGCACCACCUUCCGCAGUCGCACCGUCGCCCACCGUCGCGCCGACAUCCACGGUCACCCUGGCGACGGUAUCGGCACCAUCUUCCACGGGAAGCGCGGAACGAGUUGCGCUACCCUCGACGUCGACAUCCUCCCCCGCGGUCCGCGCUUCCCGCGUCAAGCAACCAAGGAAAUUCUCCGCGCGCCGCCGCAACGCGGCAUCCGCAAGCUCCACGCCACCGCGGCCCACGCACGCGCUGCGAUCCGGCGCGGCCAUGGCGGACUGCCUGAUGUCGUACAGCCGCAUGCUGCACCAAAUGCCCGGGGGCCGCCGCGACCUCGUGGCGGCCGGCGCGGCCGUCUUGGCGCACGUGCUCGAGUCGCUGCGAACCCUGCUCGACACGAACCAGGUGAAGGGCGUGGAGGCUGAGCGACUGCUGUUCGAGGUCGAGAGGGACCUGGGCCGCCUGCAGUUCGAGCUCGCCGUAGCGCCCGAGGCCUUCCCCGUACAGGCAGUGCGCCUGCAGUGCGCGCACGCCGCCCGCCUGCUCCGCUCCGUGUGAACUAAAUGGGGGAAACUACAGCAAGCCAAGCCAAGAUCACAGCUAGCUGCAUCAGGAAAAGCAGAAUGGUGCAGAAGAGGCGAACACAUGCAUGCUACUUCCUUCCCCUGUUUGUGUAGAACUACCAUGUACAAAUUAUGUAUAUACUUGCAAGGCAAAUUAUGUGUAUACCGCGGCCCAAAUUGCGAGGCGCGACCUUCAAGCGCACUGCGUUUGAGAGUCACGUUCUCGUGGGUGUAG